GAAGUUGGAGGGCAUGUUGGACCAUUCAUAUUCUCUUCAGACAGUUUUGUGACUCCGACCCCCUCCAUGGAAGCGUAGGUGAGAGCGGACCAGCCUAGUCUUCCUCCCGGAGACCGUCUGGUGCAUCUCUCUCUCUCUUUCUUGCGCGCGCGGGUACUUUCCCUCUCUACAGUCGUCUUCGUGGAGGAGUGAGCUUCUUCCUUUAUUUGGGUGGGGGUCUGGGGUUCGAGCUUUCGCGUGGCUUGGCAUCUCGGGGAAGCUCUUCAGAAUGACUAGAAUGCUCCUGAACUCGACGUCCAUGGAGUUCAGAGGUCUGGCUUCGAACUGGUGGGACGAGAUCAACGACUCGGUCCGUUGGCAGGACGGGAUCUUCUACUCCCUCUGUGCUGCUUAUGCCCUAGUUUCUUCCGUUGCUUUGAUUCAAUUGGUGAGGAUUGAACUGAGAGUUCCUGAAUAUGGUUGGACCACGCAGAAAGUUUUCCAUCUCAUGAACUUCAUUGUAAAUGGAGUCCGUGCAAUUGUUUUUGGCUUCCACAAGCAGGUCUUUCUUUUGCAACAUAAGGUGCUGAUUUUGGUGCUGUUGGAUCUCCCUGGACUUCUGUUCUUCUCUACGUACACACUUCUUGUCCUAUUCUGGGCAGAGAUAUAUCACCAGGCAAGAAGUUUACCUACCGAUAAGCUCAGGAUUGUUUAUAUUUCAGUCAAUGGUGCGAUUUACUUUAUACAGGUUUGUGUCUGGGUGUAUAUCUGGAUAGAUGACAGCAGUGUUGCGGAAUUCAUUGGAAAAAUAUUCAUUGCAGUCGUAUCAUUCAUGGCUGCAUUGGGUUUCUUGCUGUAUGGAGGAAGGUUAUUUUUCAUGCUGAGACGCUUCCCUAUUGAGUCUAAAGGGAGAAGGAAAAAGCUUCACGAGGUUGGAUCUGUUACGGCUAUAUGUUUCACUUGCUUUCUUAUAAGAUGCUUGGUGGUUGUUUUAUCCGCUUUUGAUUCGGAUGCAUCACUAGAUGUGUUGGAUCAUCCUGUCUUGAACUUGAUCUACUACAUGCUGGUUGAGAUUCUACCAUCAGCUCUUGUUCUCUACAUCCUGCGGAAGUUGCCUCCCAAAAGAAUAUCGGCACAGUAUCACCCCAUCCGUUAGCCACUGUGAUCUUCAGCAUCGGCAUUAUUUAUUCUUUCUCCUUGAAAUUGACCUUUCAUGGUUUUUGAGUUAGGUGCGGGUGGAAUUGAACUAGAGCAGCAGAGCCAGAAAGAAUUCCAGAUGCAGUUAAUCUGGUAUGGCUCACGUGACAUGGGCAAAAUUAUUUUUGCGUGUAAGCUAUGUGGGGCUUGUAGCAGUCUGCAAGGAAGACGGUUUGAAUUGAUUUUUCAUUGGUUUUGAGACUUGAAAGAAUUGUCUGUGAUACCUUUUCUAAGCAGUUUUAUUUGGUCAGCAAUGAAGAGGGAAUUUUUGUGCAAUUUGAAUGUGUAGGUUAUAUUGUCCACUUUUUUUCUUUUUUUUUUCCUUUCCUUCCAGUUUUAACAUCAAUGUAAACAGUUAUUAGAAAUGAAAAAUAGUGAUUUUUCCUGCA